AGGUGGGGACACACAAAGAAGUAAAAGAAAGAUGGCUACUCUGUUUUCAUCUUCUUCUUCUAAUCCUCUCGACUCUGUCCAAAUCAAACUGUGAAAUCUCCUUCUCCUUCUCAAGCUCAAUCGGCUUACUCUGCUUAUCAACGCUGGUGGUUGUGCUGCUGCUGCAAUUCUAUUCUCCGAUCUACAGCUAAACAUCAAGGAAGGAAGGAAUGAAAUCGUUUGAUAGGUCUGGGAAUCAUGUCGAUUUAAACACUGCUUCUCUUAGGACUAUUAUUGAUGAUAACUCCUGGGAUAUUUCAUCCACUAUCAGUUCUUCUUCUUCUUCCUCUUCUGUUGUAUAUGUGGGUUUAAGGGGAUUAAAGAAGGAUUCCAAGCAUGCUGCUGCCUAUGUGUCUCAAAGGACGAGACGGGGUUACGAUUGGAAGAAGAUGGACAGGAGCCAGCAGCAAGAGGGAGAAGAAAUUAAAAGAAGAUCACCUGAUGAACGUGAGCAAGACCCAUUGGAAAUUCUUAGGAAAUUAGAUGAGUUGAAGGAUCAAAUCAAUAGGUCUUGGCAGGUUAAUGAAAAACCUUCUUACCCCAACCAGAUUCUCCCCGACCCUGUUUCUUCUUCUUAUAUGCACAGACGUGAGAUGGAUAUACAUCGGUUUCAUCAACCUACACAACAAUUUUCACAUCAUUCUUCGUCAAGCUCGAAUGUGUCACCGCCAUUUCAGGCUAGACGGGAAGGUCACUUAAGCUCUGAAUCAGUUGGGUUUUCUGGAAAUGGUCAUAGGAUCCCAAUUGGAAGGCGGCGUUGCCACCCAAUAGCUGGUGGUUCGCCAUUUGUGACAUGUUGUAAUUGUUUCGAGCUGCUGCAAGUACCAAGAAAAGUCCUGUUUUUGGAGACAAAUCAAAAGAAAAUUCAAUGUGGGGGAUGUUUAACUGUUCUUCUUUUGGAGGUUGUUAAUAAAAAGCUCUUUGUUUCUGUUUCUGUAUCUGAAUUUCCAUCCCAGAUAAGUAACGAGGAGGCAGUUGGCGAUAGUCUUCCUUCUCGUCAUCAGACUGUGAAUGAAGGCUCUUCAUUGAUCAAUGGAAAUAUGAUCCAGGAGGAAAGCCUAAAACAUUCCUCUGAUGGUUCAGAACAUGAUUUGAAGGAUAUGAAUGGAGGAGAACCAACUACAUCUUCAAGCAUUCACGCUUUCAACUCAGGCAAAUCCGCUUCUCCUCAUUCUUCCGUGGAUGUCAACAAUACCCCUGAAAAGAAAUCUGAUGGUUAUGCUGAGAUUAUUCCCACAACAGUCAAACCGCCUCUUCCUAAAGGUUCAUCCCUUCAAGAUUACUUUGAUCAAUCAAACAUAUACAGUAAGGUUAACCAAUUUGAUGAGGGAAAUCAAAGCAAAUCCUCAGAAAAGGACUUGGGUAUGCCAAAAAAGGCCUUCUUGCAAGAAGAUUCCACAAAAGAUGCUUCUUUAGCGACUGAAAUAGAUGUUUCUUUUCAAUACACAAUUUCCACAACAUCCCAGGAAUCAGACGACGCAAGCAUAGAAGGUAGUUCAAUUACCAAUAAAGUGCAUCAACAGUCACUCCUUGCUGCUGGGAUCAAGAAACAGACGAGCAUUAGGGAUCAGGACACAAUAAUAAACGUUACCAUUAAUGGGAAUGAUGUACCAGAUCACUUGGUGAAGGAGGCUGAGAAACGAGCAGGACCAAUCAAGCCUGGAAACUAUUGGUAUGAUUUUAGCGCUGGAUUCUGGGGUGUGAUGGGUGGACCGUGUCUUGGCAUUAUUCCUCCAUUUAUUGAAGAAUUGAACUAUCCAAUGGAUGGGAAUUGUGCUGGGGGAGAAACUGGGGUGUUUGUGAAUGGAAGAGAACUUCAUCCAAAAGAUUUCGAUAGACUUUGUAGUAGAGGGUUACCAAAGGAUACAAACCGUUCAUACGAUAUUGAAUUCUCUGGCAAAGUUUUUGAUGGGAUCUCAGGGGAACAACUAAAAGGCCUUGGAAGACUUGCUCCUAGUGUCGAGAAGUCCAAGCGCGGAUUCGGGAUGAAACCUCCUCGAAAAGUAGCUGAUUGACAGUUUAGGGUCGGAGAUGGAUAAGGUUUACACAAUGUUAUUUGUUAUCGAUUGGUUGAUUCUAAGUAUUCUUUUUAAAAAUGUAGCUUUUUAUUAUUGGCUCAUUAAGAAAGGGUAAAAUGUCAUCACUAGUUUAGUUCUUCAAAAGUGAAAGCAU